AUGGAAUGUUGUGGAAGGUUAUGGAAGGUUUUCUACAAGCGAGAGAUCACGAUGCCCGAUGUCCGGGCUGCCAGAUGGAAGGUUGAGGAACGAUGUGGAAUCCCAUGGAACGAAGACGACUCUCGGAUUUCGGCGUGCUGUCUCGAAGAGGAAGGUGAGUGUAAGGUAUGCGCCUCUGAUGUGCAUAAAAUACAAUCUGUCGUUCUUGACCGCUAG